AUGAUGGAUACAAAUCAAUCUCUUAUUGUUGUUUUCUACUUUGAUGGCAUCACAGACAAUCCUAAUCUGGAGAAAGUUAUCUUCAUUAUUCUCUUGGCAUUUUAUAUUUUUACUGUUAUGGGAAAUACAGGGAUGAUACUCCUUAUAACGAGAAGCCCUAAUCUGCACACUCCUAUGUACUUCUUCUUGAGACACCUGUCAUUCAUAGAUAUUUUCUACGCAACAGUUAUCAUUCCAAGAACAAUGUCCGACCUGCUCUCCAAUGAUAAAGCCAUUUCCCCCUUAGCUUGUGCCAUACAAAUGUACUUCUAUGCCUCGUGCAUCACUACUGAAUGCCUCUUGUUGGCAGUAAUGGCAUAUGAUAGGUACGCUGCUAUAUGUAAGCCUUUACGUUAUUACAUUAUCAUGAGAAGAGACAUUUGUAUAAUAUUUUCCGCUGCAUGCUAUGUAGAUGGUUUGCUCACUGCAAUGAUACAUACAAAAAACAUUUUUAGUUUAACCUACUGUAAAUCCAAUAGGAUAGACCAUUUUUUCUGUGAUGGACCACCUGUACUAAAGCUUUCAUGUUCUGAUACCUCAAUAGCUGAACUUGUUCUUUUUGUACUUAUUGGAACAAAUAUGGUUUAUUCUGUGAUACUUGUAGUCAUAUCUUACACCCAUAUUUUCUGCACAAUAUUUCAAAUCAAAUCCACACAAGGCAGACAGAAAGCUUUUGCAACUUGUUCUUCACACCUACUCUCUAUUGGUAUAUUAUUUGGGACCAUCCUGUAUAUGUACAUGCGUCCAAACUCCAUUUAUUUAAAUGAUCGUGAUAAAGUUGUGUCUGUUUUCUAUACUGUGGCAAUACCACUACUAAAUCCAAUCAUAUACAGCCUGAGAAACAAGGAUGUGAAGAAAGCUUUUAUUAAAGUCAGUAAACAGAAUUUUCCAGUAGGGAAAUAA